GGAGAGGUGGGGAUGGGCCGGGGGGGCGGGGACGGGGGGUGUGCGAGGCAGCGGGGCUGAGCUAAGCCGAGCCCACGUGUGACGGCUCUCGCCGCUGCCCCGGCUCCGCCGCUCGCAGAGAGAUUCGGAGGAGCCCGGGCGGGGGGGAGGAGGAGGGGGAGGAGGGAGCGGAGAUCUCGGGGCUCGGAGCCGGCCGCCGCUCCGCUCCGAUCGCUGUGGGGCUCGGUUUUUUGGGGGUGGGGGGGCGGGGGGGCUCAGAUAUGGAGGCAAAUGGGAGCCAAGGCACCUCGGGCAGCGCCAACGACUCCCAGCACGACCCCGGUAAAAUGUUUAUCGGUGGACUGAGCUGGCAGACCUCACCAGAUAGCCUUAGAGACUAUUUUAGCAAAUUUGGAGAAAUUAGAGAAUGUAUGGUCAUGAGAGAUCCCACUACGAAACGCUCCAGAGGCUUCGGUUUCGUCACGUUCGCAGACCCAGCAAGUGUAGAUAAAGUAUUAGGUCAGCCCCACCAUGAGUUAGAUUCCAAGACGAUUGACCCCAAAGUUGCAUUUCCUCGUCGAGCGCAACCCAAGAUGGUCACAAGAACAAAGAAAAUAUUUGUAGGCGGGUUAUCUGCGAACACAGUAGUGGAAGAUGUAAAGCAAUAUUUCGAGCAGUUUGGCAAGGUGGAAGAUGCAAUGCUGAUGUUUGAUAAAACUACCAACAGGCACAGAGGGUUUGGCUUUGUCACUUUUGAGAAUGAAGAUGUUGUGGAGAAAGUCUGUGAGAUUCAUUUCCAUGAAAUCAAUAAUAAAAUGGUAGAAUGUAAGAAAGCUCAGCCGAAAGAAGUCAUGUUCCCACCUGGGACAAGAGGCCGGGCCCGGGGACUGCCUUACACCAUGGAUGCGUUCAUGCUUGGCAUGGGGAUGCUGGGAUACCCCAACUUCGUGGCGACCUAUGGCCGCGGCUACCCCGGAUUUGCUCCUAGCUAUGGCUAUCAGUUCCCAGGCUUCCCAGCAGCGGCUUAUGGACCAGUGGCAGCAGCGGCGGUGGCGGCAGCAAGAGGAUCAGUCCUGAAUAGCUACAGUGCUCAACCGAAUUUUGGCGCGCCCGCUUCCCCGGCAGGCUCCAACCCGGCGCGGCCCGGAGGCUUCCCGGGGGCCAACAGCCCAGGACCUGUCGCCGAUCUCUACGGCCCUGCCAGCCAGGACUCCGGAGUGGGGAAUUACAUAAGUGCGGCCAGCCCACAGCCGGGCUCGGGCUUCGGCCACGGCAUAGCUAGCAUACCUGGAUGUCCAGGCAAGACUGGGCGAAGUUUCUGAGUGGCCCUUUGUUUAGGUGAUGUCCUCAGACCUGGACCCCCACCAGCCUCACUCCCCAUCCCAACCAGAGAUGGCUCACUUCGGAUCGAGGGUUGACUACAUCUCAUCAUCUCACGAAUCUGCUGUAAUAUAAGACAACAGCUUUUAAAUGUGUAUAUAACCCAUGAUUUCGGUUUUGUUUUGUUUUGUUUUUCUUGGUGGUUUCCCUCUCCCUUCCUCUCUUCCCAUUCUCCUUUUAAAUCUCUUUGAAUCACAUUUGGUAGUGAUUUUGACUUAGUCCAGUAGUCACAUAGCUUUAAUAUCUAGUUCAAAGCUAACCAUAGUAUAAUUGUUAUAUUAAGGAGUUAUUUUUUCUUAAAAAAUUUUUUUUGCUUGUUUUGGUUCUGUUCUCCCUUUUAAAGGAUGCUGAGAUGGUAAUAUUACUCUCCCUAUUUUGGUACCAAUUCUGAGACUGUAUGAAUUUUCAGGUGGAACUUUAGCACACACUGAAGCAAAGUUGUGAAGUGCGGGGCGGGAAGUGGGCAUGAGCUUUCUAUUUUGCGUUGUAGAAGAAGUGAGAUGUAGUAAGCUAAUUAACAGGCUCUCUAGCAGUUCUUUCUGUGAUGUCUCUUUGUUGAUCUGAGUCUAUCUAUUUUCGGCAAUAAGGUAAGGACGACAGUGUUUUGAGUGUCCUCCUUUUCUAUAAGUGCUUUUUUUCUGUUGAAAGAGGUGAUAUUAUAAGGUUUUUUGAAAUUGUGAAUUCUAAAAAAGAAAUGUUGUAAAUACAAUUCCAUUAACUACAUAGAAACUAUUAAGAAAGAGAGAAUCAAAAAUAUUUUUGUGAGGGAGUCGGUCCCAGGCAGUUUGAUGCUCUGUGGAAGGAGGCGGGAAGGGAACGUUGGCCAAGUUAGUUACUGAGAUGAAGAUUGCCCAGCUGCCAGGACCACCCCAGGACAAGUUAGAGCACUGUUUAGCUCCUUUGUCUGUGUGAUAGACCUAAGAACUGUAUUAGUGUUGUACCAGCCUAUUAACCUCUUGUCUGUGCACAGCUUCCAAUGUUACCGUCUAGUUAGAUUUUUAUUUAAAAUAUGAAAAACUGCUUUUCCCAAGACGUUUUUUAAAAACAAAGCUACAAUUUUAAUAUUUAACAUAUUUAAAGUUUCAAAGCACACCUGUUUGGCUUGGGUGGGGGUGGGGUGGGGGGGACAUUCUUUUUCAGUCUUAAUUUUUAAAUAUUUGAUCAUUUUCUAUUGUCCAAUCAUUUCAGCACCUCCAAAGGUCCCUAGGACACUUUGCCUCUCUUCUCCCCCUGCCCCCCACCCCGCUCCCAGAUCUGGGGCCCCAUGGGCCAGGAGUGGAUAAGCCUGCAUUAAUACAACCUUUCUCCAUUCACUUUCUAUUUACAAAUUAGGAAAGCAACCUUUUGGUUUAUAUAUUUUUUUUAAUACCUCAGUGCUGCAAGUAUCACCAGAGAGGCUAUGGAAGAAUUUUUUUUUUAAUUUAUUGUAGAUGUAAACAGAAUUUUAAAAAUAAAAAGUAUAAACAUCACUGCACUGUGACUGGUGGGAAAAACUGACAGUUUCCUCUUUGCACAUGUUUAACAUUUGGCUGUUAUAAUAUAUGGUCCUCGGUUGGGGAAAGAUACUUAUGAUGAAGGAUAUUUUUUAAUUUAACUUUUUUUUAAAUAUUGGUAAUAGGUCGGCAACAGCAACUAUAGAAGUACAACUCAAUAGAUGGCAUUAAAACAUAUUGUAGUGUGGAUAUAUAUUUUUUCUUUUUUAAAAUGUGAUAUUGACGUUUUAUUAAUAUUUUUUAAAUUGUUACGUUUAUAAAUUUGGUACUUAAGGCACAGCCAGUAUGAGACACUGAAUGCGACAUUUAUUAUAAAGAGCUGCUGCACUCCUAUUUUUAUAAAUUUUACUAACAAAGUAGACUAAUGUAGACAUUCACAGACAUGGUAGGGCAAAAGCAUCUUCAAACUAAAGACUCCAAAAUGCUAACUCAGAAAGAAAGAAAAAAGCCUUUUUCAAUUCUAAUGAAACAGCAACAUUUUUUUUAAUUAAAAAAAAAAUCAUGUUCUUUGUUUUUCUAAUGAAAUGUUAGGUUGUUUGGUAAGGUUUUUUUGUUGUUUUUUUCCUUUCUUUGUUUCUUUUCUUUUCCCCCAAACAACCAGAUUAAAUUCUGAGUGCUUUUAAAAUAUCAAAACUUGUUCAAGUCAUGAAACAACAAAACAGAAGUUUUAUUUAAAAAAAAAAAAAAAAAGAAAGAAAAAAUAGUAAAUUCCCAGAAAUUCAGUGUUUAGACGAGGGAAUUUAAUUCCUGUUUUGUCCAUGUUGGUGAUGUACUGUACUUCCCUUUCUUUUCUCUGCAUCCCUCAUCACCUCAUAGAAGACUCUUUGUUGAUCAUUGUAUGUUAAUAAUGUAUAAAAUGGCUAUCUUGUAAGCGUGCUGUCCUGGUACUAGUGUAGCGACUUUUUUUCUCCUCUUUCUUCUAGUACAUAUUGAUAGGUAUAACAUAAUUAAGGUUUAAAAAAAAUUAGACAUAGUUAUUCAGAUUUAGGACCAGUAAGGAUAGAACUUUCUCUUAUUUAUGAAAAAAAAUGCUAAUAAUUUUGGGGCAGUUUUUUCCUUUAAUUAUUUUUUUCAAUUUCAAGUUUAAUUUUAUUUUAGCUGAUCUGAUGUGGUUUCAACUAACCCAAGGUCUCACCAUGUUAAAAUGCCGGCGGACUGUACGGCGUUUUGUAGAUUCCCCCCUCCCCUACUGUGAAGGGGUGCCAUACUACCUUAAAUGCUAAUGCUAGAUAUGCAAAACUGGAUUUUUUUAAUUUAUUUUUUAAAAGAGGGAGGCAUGGUAUAUUAAAAUGAUUUUACUAAGAGAAAAAAUAUUUUUUUAAGAAUGCUCAGAAGAAAUUGAUAAUCUGUGUGAAUAUGUUUUAGAUGUUUAUAUACCUUUUGAAGAGACCCAGUAGCCCAUAGCACAAAUCUUGUGGAAAUCCGAUAUGUUUUAAUGUGGCUACCUAGGUUUAAGGUUCACGUUAGUCCCCCCAUCCAUCUAGAAGUCCAAUUUGAAAGAUUUUUGUAAAUUCUUUUAGCACUGAUGUUCAGCCUUGUCUUUGUUUCAGUUAAGCUCAGUGGCGAACAUGGGAACCACCUUUCGCCUUCCCUGGGGGAGAAACCCUCUUGGCUGAUGGCUUUUCCCCGGAAUUAUCAAACAGCCACCGGGUGACUUUCUGGCUUCCAGAUCCAUCUGCCUGAGACCCCCGAACUUCUCUCCUCCCAAGCAGAGGCGAGUGAGUGGCAUUAGCUCCCGGACCCAUUCCCGGUUCUAGCUGGGCAUGGGGCUGACGGAGAUGACCAAGCCUUGGUCUGCUCUCUAGCAGCUUCCACAGACUUGGCUCGUGGCCUUCCUCAUAUCCAUUGGGAAAACCAAACAGCCUCGCGCUCUAUCCCAGUCGCCCAUUAGCUUGAUUCAAACAAAGCCCCAACAGGCCUUUGCGUUUUUAUCCUUCAUAACCUUCAUCUUAAUUUGAACUUGUAGCUUGGACUUUAAGGUAGCAUGGCUCUAUUGCUGUCAAUUUACUGUCUCACUGCACAGCAAUCACAGCCAGUGAAUGUUACACACAUCUUGCUAGACUAGUAUAAAAAUCAUUGGGUAAUUGUUGGUUCUAAUGACCUGAAAGGUGUUCAGUUUUUGUUCUUGGUUUUGUUUUGUUUUUGAUU